AUGUAUCCAUCUAAAAAUCAAAUUGGGCAGAAACAGAACCAUAAAAAAUUCACACAAAAUCCUGAACCGUGCCAUUUCGACAAUUGGGAACGACCAAGUGAAGCUUAUGCUGGAACUUCUGGGACCCACCGAAUCGCUGAUUGGUCCAAGCCAUGGGACCAUGAAUCCAUCAAGUAUGAAUCAACAGAGAAGGCUAAAAAAGCUUUCGUCAAAUCGAAAAAUUAUGAUUCAGAGUCCAAUAGUGAUAUUGAUGAUGGACCAAGUACGUCAGAAAAGAACAAUUACAACGAAAAAGAUGUUUUUGGAAAAUUGGAUGAUGACAAAGAACAUGACUGGGAACCAAAGAAUAAUUCAGUGAAACUAGAGGUCAACUGGUUGCCUGCUAAGAGAUGGGAUGAGUCGUCAGAAGACGAUAGUGAACAAAAUGAUCAGUUUUCAAGAAGUUUGGAAGCUCUGAAACAGGAGGAACAAGAAGAAUACUACAACAGUUGGGAUGAGGAAUCAAAUGAUGAAGAGGAAAAGAUACGAAAUCCGAAUAAGAAAUUGAGAGAUUCAGCACCUACUAAUAAGAACUCAGCACCUAAUAAUAGGUGCAUUAGAUGGGAUGAGUCGUCAGAAGACGACAGUGGACUCAAUGAUCAAUAUUUAAGAGAUUUGAAAGCUAUGAAGCAGAAAAAACACAAAGAAUACUACAACAGUUGGGAUGAGGAAUCAGAUGAUGAAAAGCGUAAGAAACGAAAUCCGGAUAAGAAAUUGAAAGAUUUGGGAUAUACAAAACAGAAAGAGAAACAGGAGAAAAUUGUGGUUUCGGAAGUUCAGCCCAGACUCUCCAAUUUUCCUAGAUUUGUGGUACCAGUCGUUGGAAAAAUGCCUGUUAAAAAAUCUGAAGUGGAAAAAUCUAUGGCAAAGAUGAGCUUUGAGAAUCCAGAAAAAUCGGAACUAAAAGUGGAAAGAACAAAAGCCGACGAAGCCAAAUCAGGAGAUAAAAUUGGUCUUCAAAAUUCCAAAACUUUGGAUAUUAAAACACAGGAAACUUCUAAAGCUGAAAAGGAGGAAACCAAGGUUCCCAGGAAAAGUUUGGAAAGUUCCAAAGAGCCUAAAUACUUGAAACAGAAAAAAGAAACAACUCAAGUAUCUGAAAAUGAAGGAACUUCAACAAUUGAAGAAAAGAAGCCUGGAAUUUUUUCUUCGUUUCUGUUAGACCGUCCAAUUUUUGAGGCCCGGAGUUUUGAGGAUUUAUCGCAACCAACAACUUCCACCGCAACGCUUUCAAACGAGCAAGUUUCUUUUGAGAAUCCAAUUGGAGUUUUCAUGGCAGGAAUUUCGAAUCGGAGGCCUGAUCGCCGAGAACGGAGACGUUUGAAAAAGCAAAAAGCGGAAGAAGUUAAGCGUUUGCCGGACGAGGAAUUCGAAGAACUGUGUAGGCUCCACGCACUUGAAACCGAGAAAAACGUUUUCUCUCAAUUCUACGCUAAGAAAUGGCCUCGCCAAUUGAGAAAGCCCAAAAAUAGAGAAAUCUCCAAUUUCAAGCAUUCGGAGGGCGCGGAAUUUGCAGCCAAAUCCUAUUUUUGGGACAACAACUGGGACUUUGAUUUACCGGAACUUCCAAAACCCGAACAGAUGAUCAUGCCUCUUCCAACAUCUACACCUGAUGUUUAUGAUGAUUUUGCAUUCUAUCGAGUGUUGAUGGAGAAGGAAGACAAGUACAUCUUGGUUGCAUGCCACGCCAAUGUUCAUGGCUUCCAUCGAGGAGAUCUUCGAUUCUUGGAAAUCAAUUCUAGGUCAAGACUGAAUAGGUUGGAAGGACAAAGUGUGAUCGGGAGCUUGUUUCUUGGAGAUAUUGUCGCUGUUACCGAACUUGCCAGGAAUUCUGAAGCGAUAUCACCGGUGAGAGAUGUCGAUGUCUCAUUAGUAACUCCGGAUACCUCUUGUUAUUGGAUUGUGUCAAAAAUGAUACUGUACCCUCGAAAUGUAGACAAAAAAUCUCCAGUUUUAUUUUCAAUCGUGAAUAGAAUGGCAGCAAUUAAAGGAGAGAACGAACCAAUGAAUCUGAAUGUAGACAACUGGGAUAUGAUGCAUGCUGACUCUAUCUACACCGGAUUGACGUUUCGUCCAGAGACGCUGGAGUACCACUUUUCGAAAGAUUACCAAAAGAAAAAAAUUAAUGAGCUUGUCGUCAGUGCAAGAACUAUCCGCAGCUAUCCAGGAAUAUAUGGAACAAUCUUUAAGUUUAAAGAAGGCGAUCAUCGGGAAGAGUUCAAAAAAGAAAUGCAUUUGAAUACUUACACUGAUGUCUCGAGCCCUGAAACGACUGAACCUGCGAACGCUUCCUCUGAGAGUUCUUCAAGAGUGCCAACACCUAUUCAGAAGCCAGAAUGCCCAAAACCUAGCUACUUCUCCGCCUAUGCCUAUACAUCAAACCGUUCUGAAUCACCUGCUUAUGUGAACCCGUUUGGAGUUCUAAACUCGGAUUUCAUUGCAGAAGUCGAAGAAAAAACAGAAGAGGAGAAAAUAAAGGAGACAGAGGAGUCCAAAGAAUUGAAGCGGCUUGCUGAGUUAGAACACGAGAAGAAUGUUUUCUCACAGUACUACCAGAAAAAGAGCGGCAACAGAAGAGAAAAUCACCGUGGUAGGAAGUCACCACAGAUACCAAAAACCAGGAAGCCCUCAAGCUGUAAACACCACGAAGCCAUCGAGUUCGCUGCCAAGUCCAACUUGUGGGAUAACAACUGGGACAAGGACCUGCCAAUGUUGCCAAGAUCACAGGAAAUUAUCAUGCCGCUGCCUGCAUCUGCACCUGCGCAGACUGAAGUUUGUGGAUUAUAUCGAGUGUUGAUGGAAAAGAAUGAUAAGUACAUCUUGAUUGCGUGUCAUGUGAACGUUCAUGGAUAUCAUCGAGGUGAUCUUCGAUUCUUGGAAGUCAAUUCUAGGUCAAGACUGAAAGGAUUGAGUGAGCAGAGUGUGAUUGGUAGUCUGUUUCUUGGAGAUAUCGUCGCUGUCACUGAGCUCGCCAGGAACUCCAACGCCCAAUCUUCAGUGAGAGACGUCAAGGUGUCAUCUGUCACUCAGGAAACUAGAUGCUAUUGGAUCGUGUCGAAUAUGAUUCUGUACCCCCGGAUUCUCAAACCAGAUGUUACAUUCUCCUUCUUGAAAAAUCGAAUGGCUGUGGUGAAAGGGGAGGACGAACCGAUGCGUGUAAACUGUGAUGACUGGAAAACGGUGGCACCUGAUUUGAUCUAUACUGGAAUGGCAUUCUCACCAAUCAAACUGGAUGACAAUUUCUCGGACGAUUUCCAACGAAAAAGCAAAAACCUGCUUAUAUCGAAUGUGUUAAAAAUUUCGAGCUAUCCCAACGCAUUCGGAAUCAUCUACAGUUAUGAAGAAUGUAGUGAACAGAACGAAGAGUUCAAAAUUGGCACGAAAGCUUACUCAGACACUCUUGAAAUUCAUAAGUAUAAACGAGAGAGAAUCGUGGAGACAUGUUCAUUAAUGGGAUUCAGUGCAGCCAAUACAAUUUUCAAUGGCCGAUUCGACUGCCGCGCAUUCCAUAUGUACGAUGUGUCUAAAGAAGGUCCCACUGUUAGAUUCCGAAUCGAAAACCCACGAAACCGCCCGACACUUGGUCUGUGGAACAAUGGAAACAAAAUCCUCAUUGGUGGACCGACGGGAGAUACCAAUGGUACCAUUGAAACAGUGAUGUGUAAUUCAAGCCAUAUGGGAUGGCUGAAGAUUGCAGCAAGACUCACCAGAGAAUGCCCCAAAGAUUUUCGCUUCAAUGGUGAUUUGUUUGUAUCACAACGAGAGCCAAAAGACCAUUAUUACUUGUAUGAUGGAUAUUUCCAAGACAUGGCGCCGGAGAGUAAUGGAAGGAAGAUAAUUGAGACAUUGUAUGGAGGAAAACCAUUGGAACUUCGAACUGGAGAUGUUGGUGGAGAAUACUUCUUCCCAAGUACCCCGGAACCAAUUCGUCUAAACGUAUUUCAAAAAGAAUAUGUUCAAAUGCUGCUUGAUGGCAAUCCACUUGUCAUAGGAUCAUCACCAUUCGGAUGUGGUAAGUCUAUGACUAUCAUCACGGCGGCACUGGAGAUUUAUAAACGAAAUGCGGAGAGAAAUCUUGUCGGGAAGACCCAUCAACUUUUGAUUACGCAGAGUAAUUUCGCGAGUGUCAACUUGAUCGAGAUCGCCAGAAAGACAUGUAACAGUGGAGAUGAAAAACUUCGGAAUAUGAAAUUCAUGAGAUUUAUUACCGACAAAAAUUGGAAUGAGCAACCGGAUCAUGGCCGAACGAAGUUUGAUAUGCCGUUUUUGAUGAACAAGGUUUUCAAGCAAUGGGCGAUAGGAGAGCUGGAUGGAAAUGAGCUCAUGACGCACCAUACGAAGAGCAUGAUUGCGCAUAUCAUCAGAAAUGGGACGGUAACUGUGGACGAGUUGUGUUCUGCGGCUAGAAGAGUUUUUGAUAAAUAUGGAGACUGCAAGAUACCAUUUAGUGGCCAUCUAACAGAAGCAUUCUUCAUUCUCUACGAACCGGAUCUUAUUAUGACUACCGCUGAUUCGUCGAAAAGUGUUUGCACUUUAUUGGAUAAAAAAUAUGAAACUAACAAGAACGAAUGCACUACAGUUCAAAUCGAUGAGGCUAGUCAGCUACCAGAAUACACUCUGUUGGGACUACUCAAAACUUACAACAAGGCAAACUUUGGAUUGAUCGGAGACAUCCAUCAACUUCCUCCGUUUUGCAUGGAAGAACUCGAAGGGCGUCUCAAAGAAUUCGGUAUUGGUAACACAAUGGAACGAGCGAUUCAAAAUAAACUCUUCCCGAUUUCAAACCUUCGAUAUGUCUAUAGAUGCCACCCACAGACGACUGCUUUGUUGAGUGAGCUGUUUUAUGAUGGAAAGCUGAUCUCUGGAGUCACUGAAAGCCAACGGAAUGAAUUUAUGAUAAAGAGAAAGGAUUUCUGGCCGAAUCCCAGUUACCCAGUUAUGAUUAUCAAUCAUAUGGGUACCUGUCAAAGAAUGGGAACCUCUGCUCAAAACCACUCGGAGAAGGAUCUAGUCAGCUAUAUGGUUCAGAAUCUGUUGGAUCAAAGAAAAUACACACUGAAGCCACAGGAUAUUGGAGUCAUUUCUUUUUACGCUGCACAAACGUCACUGCUAACCGAACAACUUCGACGGAGUGGUGUGAAGUGUGGUACGGUGGACGCGUUUCAAGGAUCCGAGAAAGAGGUGAUCAUUUUGUGUUGUACAAAUGAGCAUGCGACUGAAUUCAUGCAAUGCAAAUUUCGAUUGAAUGUGGCUCUAUCGAGAGCGAAACAAGCGACGGUGAUUGUUGGAAAUUUGGGAUACUUGAGGAAAGCAAAGUAUUGGAAUGCGAUUGUUAAAAGAGUGGAAGCUUAUGGAAACUUGAGACAAUCGGACGACAAAAAUCUCUUCAACUCCCGACAAGCCUAUGUAUCCACGUCAUCGUCAUAUGUCAAAAAUCCGUUUUAUAUGCAUGAUCCGUACAAUCGUAAUGCUCCAGUCGAAUCGGUUCUAAACUAUCCGACUGGUCAACGCCAGAAAAACCAUAAAAGGAAUGAGACGCGCCAACAGCAGGAUGAUAAUGCCAUGAGCGGGCGAUGGGACAACAACUCCUGGUCCUAUUAUAAUAAUGGAUACCGAUGA